AUGCCAAGAGAACAGCUGAAAAACGUCGUUUGGCGUUUAGCCUCCAACGAUACCAUCUUCACCAUCGGCUACCAGAAGUUCCACGAGGACCCGCGCUAUGAGGCCAAGAUGAGCAACGGCGUGUGGGUGCUGGUCAUUCACGACGUGCAGGUUAAGGACAUGGGCAUGUACGAGUGCCAGGUCAGCUCGGUGGAGAAACACCUGCGCUAUUACGUCACACUCAUUGUUACAGAGCCUCCGGUGGUCCAGAAACCCAAUAUCCAAAUCUCGGGCACGUCUUUUGUCAACGAGAACGAGAAGAUCCGGCUGGUCUGCAACGCUACAGGUGUGGGGUACACACCUGAGGAGAUCGACUGGUUCAGGCGUCCCCUGGGAUCCCAUGAAGUGCUAGCAGACGAUUCUGGUAGAGAAAUGCCAGAACAGGAAGUGUUGCAGAUUCCAUCGUGUCUAGCAGGCGAUCACGUUUAA